CGUUGUUUCAGACCGGAUGUAUUUUUAUAGCACACACAGACACACACAGCUGACAUGGACGCUGUAUCCCAGCUUGUUUUGGAGAAUUUGACAGAAGUUGAGGAGGCAGCUGAGGAUGUUCUGACAACUAAACAACAGAUAGUUGACCUGGACACUAGGAGGAACAGGAACAGAGAGGCGCUGAACGCACUGAAAAAUGAAAUAUCAGAUUCAGAGAAAGUGAAGGUUUGUUACGGAAACAUGUUCAUCAAAUUUCCCAAAUCAAAGACAAAGGAGAUGAUUCAGAAAGACCAAGAGCAGCUCGACCAGGAGAUAAACGAACUUCGCAAAGGACUGAAAGCUAAAGUCAACCGUCUAAAUGAGAUGCAAGGGAAAACUGAGCUGAGAGGCUACAAUCUUUCUCCUCUGUCCACUGAUGAAAUCAAAGCUAUUAACGGCCUUUUAAAGAGAUGACAUCAGAUCUGAGGACAUGAGGACAGAGCCUGAUGCUACUGUGACGUGCUAACCUCUGGAUGAUCUGAAGGCGCUACAGUAACUUCCUGAAUCAUUUACAUCUUCAUCACCUGCCUUUUGGACAUUUUAGAAAUUCAUGUCAAACAUUGUAUCUUAGGUCUCUCAGUAGGGUAACUACAGUUUUUUUCAACCUGGACCCUAUUAUCCUAUGUUUUUGUGUCUAAGUGACUGAUGGGAACAACAAUCUUUGACAUUGGUCCAGUAUUAAGAGAGAUCGCUGCAGUCGGCAGCAGAGAAACAAGCUACAGUGUAAGUUAAUAGGAGGACAACCUUUCUUUAAAAAAAAAAAAAAUCUUUUUUUUUCACCAUUUGCUGUUUUUCUCGUCCAAGUACUUUUGUUUAAGCUAUUGGCUUUAUUUCCAACCUGUUUGAGUGACUGCUCAUUGGACAUAUUUGUAGUGAUGUCCCCACGUUCACAGAUCUCAGGAGUUCACUUUGGUGUGUACAACCUCAUAACGUAUAGAGCCGAGGACCAGAGCUAUGAAGAUAAACCCCAAGUUGCAAUAAACUGUAGUUUUCCUUUAACCAAUCUUUAGAAGUAACAUAAAUACUCAUUGCUCUGUGAGACUGGACAGGAGGAGCGUUGGACAGGACAGGACUGUCUAAUCACUAUAUGUGGUCUGUGAAUGGCCACAAGGUGGCAGUGCAAGUGUACGGCACUUAGCAGAUGUCUAGUGUGUUUUUCAGUGCAUUAUGUGAAAUGUUUGUUUUCAUGGUGUUUAACUUGUUUUGCAGGUUUUUGUCCAUUAACUUUAUUUACCAUCUCUCUAUAAAUGCAUGUUUAUGAUUUUGGGUCAUUUGUAUUUAUGUUCAGUUACUAUAUGUGUUUUCAGUAUGCCUUUUUGUUUUGCCUGACUAAGACAUACCUACAUGAGUAGCCAGGGUGCUGUCCUCAGGAAUAAACUGUGUAAAAUAAAGUAUUUGCGUGUAA